AUGGUCGUGUGGCGGGUACCAUGGUCGUGUAGUGGGUACCAAUGGUCGUGUGGAGGGUACCAAUGGUCGUGUGGAGGGUACCAAUGGUCGUGUGGAGGGUACCAAUGGUCGUGUGGCGGGUACCAAUGGUCGUGUGGCGGGUACCAUGGUCGUGUAGUGGGUACCAAUGGUCGUGUGGAGGGUACCAAUGGUCGUGUAGUGGGUACCAAUGGUCGUGUAGUGGGUACCAAUGGUCGUGUAGUGGGUACCAAUGGUCGUGUAGUGGGUACCAAUGGUCGUGUAGUGGGUACCAAUGGUCGUGUAGUGGGUACCAAUGGUCGUGUAGUGGGUACCAAUGGUCGUGUGGAGGGUACCAAUGGUCGUGUGGCGGGUACCAAUGGUCGUGUAGUGGGUACCAAUGGUCGUGUGGCGGGUACCAAUGGUCGUGUGGCGGGUACCAAUGGUCGUGUAGUGGGUACCAAUGGUCGUGUGGAGGGUACCAAUGGUCGUGUGGCGGGUACCAAUGGUCGUGUGGAGGGUACCAAUGGUCGUGUGGCGGCCCAAAGUCGCCCCAAGCCACAGUCACCAACAGCCAUUAAAACACAAACCACAGGUGGACCACCACCUCCUAUUUCCCCACCCAACCGCAGCCCAUUUUCUAUACCUCUCGACAAGACAGAUGAAGCGAGCCCUCCGACGGCCAACUCAAUUAAAGUUUAG